AUGCGAAACUAUAACUCCGACAACGAUGACCACAGCCUCUACGACGUAAACUUUCACUCCGCCACCAUCCACACCCUCCUCACCUCCGUCCCCUCCAUGGUCGACUCUUGGCUUUCAGAAAUCCGCCGUCUCCACAGCAACCACCUCCUGCGCCACCGUCUCAUAGUAGGCUUGGACGUCGAGUGGCGCCCCAACACCCACCGCAACAUGAAGAACCCCGUGGCCACACUCCAACUCUGCGUGGGGCGCCGCUGCUUGAUCUUCCAGAUCCUCCACGCGCCGUACAUACCCAACUCGCUUGUGUCAUUUCUCGGCAACGUCAAUAUCACGUUCGUGGGCGUUGGGAUUGAGGAGGACGCUGAGAAGCUUCUCGAAGACUAUUCGCUGCACGUGAACAACUUGGUUGAACUUGGAACCCUUGCUGCGGACAUGUUGGAUGACCCUGAAUUGAAGAGGGCUGGGCUCAAGACGUUGGCUCUACGCGUUUUGGAAAAGGAGGUUGAGAAGCCCAAAAGGAUAUCGAGGAGUAAGUGGGACAAACUAUUUCUCACUGAGGAGCAGGUCGAAUAUGCCUGCAUUGAUGCCUUUGUCUCCUUUGAGAUUGGACGUGUUUUGAGUACUAAUGGGAUUCUAUUCUCACCCUGA